AGCAGCCUUCUCAAGCACAGUAUCGGAGAGAGGGAAGAAGGCAGUGAGGUUCCAUUAAUUACUGCUGCCAUUGGUGCACAGGUUGCAGGCUGUAAUUAUAACCCCCUUGGCAUGCUAGAUUGUUGCACAGCGGUCUGUCAGAGCAGUAUUAGCAACAGCUGGGCUCUCAGAGUGAAAUGUACUGCAGCUAAACGAGGCAAGACUUGAAAACUACUCAGCUCUGGGUUCCGACAUGCUAGGGAAAGACUACAUGCUGGCUAUCAUCCUAGUCAACUAUGAUGAUAACAUUUGGAAUGACCAGAACCUGGAGCCGGACUCAGAUCUCCCCUCUGGAUGGAGGACUAUCCGGGACAGCACAGGGACCUAUUACUGGCACAUACCCACAGGCACCACGCAGUGGCAGCACCCUGCUUACAGCUCCGAGGGGGACCAGGCUGCAGUGAGUGGGAUCACCACCACUGACCAAAAGAGGUGGAGUUCCAGAGGCAGGCAGAUUGAGAGUCCGCUGACCUCAAUAAGCGACAGGAGCUCACUUCCCUGGCAAGAGGAGGAGUAUUUUGGGGCCAACAGUGACCCCGACUCCAAGUGUUUUGCGGUGCGCUCGCUGGGCUGGGUGGAGAUCCCAGAGGAGGACCUGACUCCUGGGAAGAGCAGCCUCGCCAUCAAUAACUGUAUCCAGCAGCUGUCCCACAGCAAGUGUGAGGACCGGGAUGCCAUGGGGGCCUGGGGAGAGGGUCAGGACAUGGUGAUGAUUCUCAAGAAGGACACCCUCAGCCUGGUCGACCCAGUGGACCACAGCCUCAUCCACUGCCAGCCAAUCAUCCAUAUCCGAGUGUGGGGCGUGGGCUGCAACAAUGGCAGAGACAGAGACUUUGCCUUUGUCGCUAGUGACAAAGACACCUGCAUGCUGAAGUGCCAUGUCUUCCACUGUGACGUCCCUGCAAAGGCCAUCGCCACAGAGCUCCAUGAGAUGUGCUCAAAGAUAAUGGCAGAACGAGCAACAACGCACUCCUCGAUGCCCCGGUCUCUGACAAUGGAGAGCAUCUCGCCUGAAGAUUUACCCCUACAAGUCACUUUCCUGGAUGCGGUGAGACAGAGUGUUCAGAAGUUUCAAGUGCUGUACAUUGGACAACUACCUGUCCCCAAGGCUAUGGGGAUUGAAGUGCUGAACAGAGCGAUUGAGAAUGUCAUGAAUUCAGGAGAUAGAGAUGAAUGGGAGCCCAUGGCACUCCAUGUGUCCGACACCAUCUUGUCCCUGUGGAAAGGGGAGGACGGGGAUGACCCGUUUUGGGAAUGCCAGGUGCGCUACCUGACCUUCCUGGGGGUGGGGCAAGACACUCACACGUUUGCUGUGAUCGUGGACAUGGGACGACAGCGAUUCGAGUGCCACGUGUUCUGGUGUGAGCCUGAUGCUGGCCACGUCUCAGAGACUGUGCAGGCCGCUUGCAUGGUGCAGUACCAGAAAUGUUUGGUGGCCAGAACCCCGCCGUUAAGGUCCAAGAUUUCUCGCUCCGGGGCCAAAAUUAAGCGAGUGGCCUCCAUGGACAGCUCCGCCUUCAAUCCCAGUCGCCGCGGUAACUCCCCUCCCAAAUUCGGGACCUCCACCAUGAAAAAAGGGUUGCUGGCCUUCUUCGAGACCUUCAGAAACAAACAGCCAGCAGUGCAGAUGCCCUAGCGCACUUGGGGUUAGAAAACGAGGGGAGAAGAACACAGGCACCCUUUGUUAGUUUAGGUGUUAAAAAUAAAAAAAUGGAUGGGGAUGUAGUUUUACACCGAAAUGAAAUAGAUUUUCCCUAUUUUAAGGGAUUUGUGAUAUCAGCAAUUAUCACAAUUAUUACAGUAGGUAAUAGGCUGUAUAUCACUACACAUGAGGUGCAAUUCUUAACCCUAAGCUACCUUUUCAAACUAGAACUUUCUUGCAGCAUCUCUGCAAUACCAGGUCUCGGAAAACAACGUUUCCAAAGUCAGCAUUUCAGUCGCCAACAUAUUUCAAUGUAUUUUAACAUGUUUAUACAGAAAUUAGUAUAGCUGUACAGGAGGAAAUGAACAAUUCAUGUAGCGUUGAUGUAAUGCUUAUUUACAGGUUUGUCCAGCCUAUACAAAAAUUGUUAAACUUGGGUUAUGUAUUUUAUUUAUAUAUUUAUUUACUUUUUACUUUUGCAUACUUCUGUCAUGUAUCGUAACAAACAUUUUUUAAUAGGACAUUUAUAAUUUUUCAGUUUUAGCACUCCAAGAAGUGCUUGAAAGCACAAUUUUGCAUUCAUUCUGUAAUUUUACAAUUUCUCUAUGGUUUAGGAAGUCAAAUGCACUGAUUUUGUGAAGUCAUAUUAGUCAUAUAAUUUUCUGAUUUGUGAAGUCUUAUUAUUCAUCACAAUUUUUACAAAGGCCCUGAAUUUUUUUUCUAAUAACUGUUGAAUGAUUUAUUACAUAAUAUGACAACAGUCGUUUCAAUUUGCGUCAACAGUUACAAAAUGUGACGGGCUAGUUUUGGAAAAUACAAACGAACAGAGCAAAUGUAGAGAAAUAUUUGUAUCAAUUAUGUGUAAAUAAAAACCAUAUGUAGCCUUGGGAAUUUGGCCCAGGUUUUUAUUUCAAUAAUUUAAAUAAAGAAAAGAAAAGAAAAAAAAUAGCAAAAUGAGAUCAUACAGAAAGAAAUUAAUCCUUGGAAGAAAAGCUGUUUUGUUUGAUUUUUUUUUUUUUUUUUUUGAGGUUACAUGUUAUAUUUUGGGAUAGAUUUUGGACAUUAAAAUUAUACUGAAACUUUCAGUACACAAUAUUUUGUCCAUUUUCACUGGCUCACCAUCCUGAGCAUCAAGACCUAUUGUUAUAUUUGCAUUUAACAAAUUACAUUUCCUACCACUAAAUUAUUGAUGACAAGGGUUUUGGUUGAUAAAAUAUGUACAUAUUUAGUUCAAAGACACACACUGCCCUCCGAAACUUAGUAUGAAAACAUUUUGACAAAUAGUGUUGACUAUGACUAUGGGAGGACAGUUUAAGAAUUACUCAAAGUAUGGGAAGAAUAUUCAUGAAUGCUAGGUUGCCAUGGAGAUUAGAAAUCAAUGGCAGUUUCUGAAAUAAAUAAUAACACAAAAAUAAGGAGUCAGAUAAGAAUGAGAAGCUCAUGAUCAUAAUAGUAGACCAGAGUGUGUAAAGUGUGUUACAUGUUUUAAGUUAGUAGAACAUUUUUGCUGUCAUCUUGUGAUUGGUAAAGAGAAUGGGGGUGGGGGUAUUUGCUGUGUGUGUUAAGUCUGCUUUCUAUAGCAUGAUCAUAUAUCCUGAUACAAUUCAGUAAGUGCUAACUGAAGUUUAAAAUAAAACAAAGAAAAUGAUUGUCUAACUUAGACAGUUUCUUUUUUUAAAAUUCUGAAGUAAAAUCAACCCACUGCAGUGAGCAACAGAUGGAAUUUCAUAGAACUGUGUUCUGGAUGUCUCACGGUCUGCAGAAUUCUACAAGUAGCAUGCACCAUGUUGCACGGUGUUAGUCCUGUAAUGCUAAAUGACUAAUUCUUAUUUCAAAUCAGUAUUUGGGGUACUGUUAUGAAUCUAUAUCUGAUUGCUCAUCCCUAUUAAAUAUUACAGUAUAAUAUUAAAUAUUAUAUCAGACUUCCCGUAUUAGGAAAGAAAAUAUAAGAUUGCUGAUGAUUGCAUUAUAUAGCAUGUGAUAACAGGUUUAUGAAAUGUCUUGCCAAUUCAUUUAAAAUGCUAGCAUUGUGGUUCAUGCUUUACUUUAUUUGGUUUGACUAUUUAUACAAACAGUGAAAAGGAUAUUGUAGUAGAGCAAAGGAUAUUAGAAUAUAAUGUGUUUAAAU